AUGACAGCUCAAGAGAACGGGUCAGCACCCUCAGGGUCGCUGUAUACGAGCAAAGUCAGCAAAGGGAGGGAAAGCACCCAAAAUGGCAAGUCGCGUCGAAAAGGUCCUCUGCGGUGGUCGCUUGGGCUGGCAGUGCGGCUUUGUAUCUGGUACGCCCUUUUGACACCCUUUCUCCGGUGCCCAUCUCGCUUGAACGAGUUAAAUGAGACCUCCCCGAAGGUCUGCAAGCCAUAUCUGGUGGUUCGAUCCCAGGUUGAGCCGUACUUGGUACCUUAUUAUGAGACAUAUGCUGCUCCCUAUGUGGAUCAAGCACGGCCAUAUGUAGCCGUGUUCAAUGAGCGAGUGUACACACCUGCCUCCAAAGCGGCUAAGCUUGGUUACGAAACAUAUGGCGCACCAGCACUACACCAGGCCCGAGUGCUCGGUGAAUCUCAAUGGAGGCAGCAAGUGACCCCACGUCUGGAAGCUGUUCACGAUCAAGUCCACAAGCUGUACAUGGCACAAGUAGAUCCUUAUGUUCAGCGAGCAGUCUCUGUGAUCUUGCCUUACUACCGCCAGGUGGACGGGUUCGCGAAGUGGUUAUACUGGAAUCAACUGGUCCCGAUGUACACACAUUCCCGUCCUUACAUCGGCAAGACCUAUAGUACCAGCCAGGAGAUCCUGGCAACUCAGGUCAUGCCUGGCGCUCGCUACACUUGGUCGUCGCUCAUCUAUUUCGCCAACAGCUCUCUGUGGCCCCACGUCACGGGCCUGUACUCGGAACAAGUUGAGCCCCAGCUUGUGAAAAUUGGACAGCGUCUGGCCAGCUACCGGGAAGGCAAACGUCUUCGUGCCGUCAUGGACGAGAUGGACAGCACUUCCUCUUCACGUCCGUCGUCAACCUCGGCCUCUACCGCAAUGGUCAAACCGCGCACCUCCUCCACCACAAGCAUGAUGACAAGCGAGAGUGCCCAGGUACAAUCAGCUCAGCCCACACUGUCGGCUGCGGAGCAGGCCAAGCAAGCCCGCGUUCGCAUCGACUCUGAUCUGCAACGAUGGCAGGCAAAGUUUUCGGUGGCUGCUGAUAAGGGUAUUGAAGAUUUGGAGGAGCGCAUCGAAGACAUCGUGUCUGCUCUUGUCGAAAGUAGCGCCCAGGGUCAUGGCCAAAGUCUGUCGACGGCCCUCGAGGCAGUUUCUACUGAAAAGAUUGCUUUUGUCAAGCAAAGGAUUAUCGACUUGGCGGGGUCCUUGCCCGUAGAAGAUGUCCCAGAUGCGGAGGAGGAAGCUCGUGAGAAGCUUAUCGAUGACAUCCGCGUUGCUGCCGUUUCGGUUCGAGACCGUACCCACGCUCUUCGACAAUGGUCCAUCACAUUCGAUGAGGAAUUGACGCGGCGCGUUUCUGCCGCCAUCAAUUCAACACUCGACGUUUUGGACAGUAUUCGGGAUUUGGGUCUGCAGGAGAUUGGUACCCGAUGGGCCUGGAUGGAUGAUGUGACUUACAAAGAUUGGGCAAAAUAUCAUUCACUCAAAGCUCAAUUCGACGACUGGCGCAACGAGAUCCGCAAAGUUGGCAUGAAUCACAAGUCUGCGGUCGUUGCACGUUCUGUGGGCGCCGCCAUUCUGGACAGCGGAAUGCAAGUCGCCGAAGACACAGCGAACGAGCUCAUCAGGCUCAAGGAUGUUGGCAAGUGGAAGAUCGCUGCUCGUGACGUGAGCGACAACUUUGAAUCCCGCACAGAACCCCCGCCUUCAUGGCCCAAGCCGGUGACCAUGGCUGCUGAGAGCGAGGAGGCCGCUGGUGAACGCACAGUCGCCGACGAUGCUGCUGCUCAAUCGGAGUCGGCUUCUGCUAGCUUCGAGGGUCAGAAGGCGGAGGAUAUCUCCUCCGAUAUCGUCGAUGGCGAUGUUCGGGACGAGUCCCCCAAGCUUGAGGAGGUUUCCCGAUCCGCCGAGAGCGAGGAAAUUACCGACUAUGGCUCCGAAUCUCCUGUCGAGGAAUAUCAACACAUCAGCAAGUCUGCGUUCGGAGUUGCUGCUGCUUCAUUGACCACCAAACAAGAGCCCAUUUUGGACGAGGAGGAGCGGGACUACUUUGAUGAGCUCACACAGAAAGCAGAGGAUUUGUAUUACGACGCAAGUUCUGCUUUUGCGGAUUCGACUGCACAGGCUAAGAUUCUCUAUGAGAUCGCCAAGUCUCAAGCUGUCGCACAGAUGGCGCAUUCCAGCGCCCCUGCUCAUGCCGAAAUCUUGACGUCCAUUGAAUCCGCCUACUCCGGCGCUGUGAGCUAUGCCAGCAAAGAGUUCAAUUCGCGCAUUCGCGCUGUUCGGGCCUCACCCACACCUACAGGUCCACUGGCUCACAUCUCUUCAGUUGCAUCCUCGUGCUUGAGUGAAGGGCUCAGCCGCGCAUCGGAGCAGCUGGCGCAAUAUACAGUGCCCGCAUCGUCGACGGACGGAUCACAGCCGUUCGUGCUCGACGCACAGCGACGUUACUACGAGGCUGUAGGCCUAGCGCAUGACCACUACACAGCAUUCUUGUCUACCGCAUCAGGCGCAGUUUACGGCACUCCCACGCCUACAGCGGCCACUUGGGAUAUCAAGAACGUUGUGGCUCAAGCUGACGCUCAGUACCAGAAGGCAUCUUCUCUUGCCUCUGCGAGUCUUGCGGCAGUUGUAGCCUCCGCCAGUUCCAUGAUUUCUGCAGCUGACGAUGGUAAGGCCCAAAGCAUUGUGGAUGAUGCUUCAUCUAGGUAUCAUGCCGCCGUAUCUGCUGCUUCGUCUUCUCUUUCUCUCGCUUCGGCCUCCGCCAGCUCGGCCCUCUACGGUACAACCCCGGGCGUUGUGCAGUCCUUGUCACGCCAGGCAUCUGAGAACUGGGAAACCCUCGUCGCAAAAGCCAGCGAGCAGGUUUAUGGCACCCCAACCCCGUAUUAUCAACGUCUCACGGACGACAUUGUCCCGCGAUUCGACGCGAUUCAAGGAAUUCUGUCCGAGGCAUUCGUUGGACAGCAGCCCUCUUUUACAGAGAGCGUGAUGAGCCGCAUUCGUGUCGCUUUCGAGACGCCCUAUCCUGCUGAAGCAGUAUCCGCGGCAUCGAGCUACGCCAGUGAAGUUUACGAGACAGCUUCCUCUGUCGCCAGCGCCUUUAUCACCAAUGUUCCAAGUGUAGAGGACAUUGUUCAGCAGGCCAAUGAUCAGCUCCAGUCAGCCGUCGAGGCCGCCAGCGUGGCAGUCUACGGCACCCCUAAAGGCCGUUUCGAACAAGCGACCGAGGCCGCUGCACAGGCCUAUUCCAGUGCCUCGGCUCAAAUCAGCGGUGUUGUUUACGGGAAAGAGCCGACGUAUAUCGACAUUGCCAAGAAGAACAUUGAGCAGAUCCAAUCCAGGGCUAGUGCAGCGAUCUACGGUGAGGAGCCUGGCGCGGUCGAGAGCGCAACCCUCCGUCUUGCCGCUGCCGUGGAAAGUGCUCAAGCGCAAUUGGCCAGUCUCGCCUCGAGCAUGAGCAGUGUAGCUUCCUCGGCGACACACGCAUAUGUUACCGACGUGCCCAGCGUCGAAGACGUCAUGCAACAGGUGAACGAUCAACUGCAUUCGGUCGUUGAUGCCGCCAGUGCCGGCAUCUACGGUACUCCCAAGGGUCGCAUUGCGCAGGCCACUGAUGCCGCAUCAGAGACCUACUCCAGUGCAUCGGCUCAGAUCAGCAACGCCAUCUUUGGAUCCGAGUCCAGCUACAUUGACGUCGCCAAGGAGAACAUUGAGCUGAUUCGGUCCAAGGCGAGUGUCGCUUUCUACGGCGAGGAGCCUGGUGUACUGGAGCAUGCCACCAGCCGCCUUGCCGCUGCCGUAGAGAGCGCCCAGUCACGUCUGGAGGAUUUGGCGGCGGAUGCGAGCAGUGGAGCCUCCAAGGUCAUCGAGACUGCGGCGUCUCAGGCUGAGCAGGUGCGGAGUAGCAUCACAGCCGGCGUUCCAUCUCUUUCCAAAGACGAACUCUAG